UGAAUUUUUGGCUUUUCCCUUCUUUUAGCUAUUCUCUGCAUUCUCUCUCCUCGCAUCAUCCUCUUCUUCCCUAUCAUUUUUCAACCCCAUGAAUAUUUCAUGCCUCUUGAUUCCAUCCAUGGAUUUGGAUCAUAUCUUCAUUUUCAAAACCUAUGUCCGAUUUCUCAAUUGUUGUCUCCCAAGCAGGUAGACAAUUUAUGUGGAAGAGGGCUAGAGGUAGAGAGUUGACAUUUUUUUUAUUUUUUGAUAAAACUCACAUUGAGGCCUACGCAUUAAUAAUAAUAAAAAUUAUAAGACUGAAAAAAUCAUAAGCUCACUAAAAGGACAUCAUUUUAAUAAAAACAUAUGAGCUUUAGAUUCAACUAACUACAUAAGAUAUAAAUACAAAUUAAAAGAAAAGUCAACAACAAGGAAGCAGUAGAAAACUCCAACACAUCAAAAACAAAAGCUCGCUAGCAACCUUCCAUUAAAAGCACCCAAGUUGCCCGGAACGAAGUCCAGAAGGUAGAAACAACCUGCACAAAACAAGAAAAGAAAGAAACCGAAACUAGGAGAGAAAAAACCUCCCCCACAAAUAGCAGAAGGGUCGAACGGAACAACUCAAGCCCAAAAUCAAACCAAACAGCCAUACACAAGACAAACCCCCAGCUCCCAAAAACACAACCAAUAGCAAAUGCCACUUGCUAAGCAAAAAAUAAGCCACAACCACAACAACAAAAGAAAAAUUACUUCUUAGAUUUUCUCCUCUAAUGUAUACUGACACGCGAGAGAGCUUUAUCAUCCACCUAACAAAUCUUAAACCGUAUAAUUCCUGAAGAGACUCAACUUGAUCAUCACCAAAAUUAUCACUAUCCACAUUGAUGGUGAAGGAGAUAUAGCAUCCUGACCCAAAAGCCUGGAACAAGUAACGACUAAAGAAGAAACAAAUUGAGCAAGCAAAUCUUUAGGAGGCAUAACAACUAAAGGCACAUCGGCAAGGGAUUCCGUAGGCCCAUCAACCAAAGGCAAAUCCACAACACCAGCAUUCCCAACAAGAGACGAUAAAUCCAGUCCCUCUAAAAAAAUAGGCAAAAUCACGCCAUGAGCUGAUGUAGAAUAAAUUUAUGUUUCUUUUGCUACCACACCAACCCACUGCAUCUCCACAUCUGGCACAACCAAAAUUCAGUAAAGCCGACUCACUGGAUAAAACAUCUCUAAAAGACUUAGAUUUAACCUUCCCAUCCAAAAACUCAGAAUCCUUUAACCUAUUCACAACCAUAGGAAGGAAACCAAUAAAGAAACUUAGGGAAGAAAGGUUACCCAACCGAAGUGGCAGACGAGGGCAGAAAAAACCCAAGGCAUUGCAUACACAGUUGAAAUCUUUUUAUAUCACUAAUGUAAAGGAAAAAUGACAUGUUAUUGUCCAUGAUGGAAAUGAGUAGAAGAACCAACCCCACGGAAUGAGUGAUAUAUAUUCCUGAGAAUCAUCAUGUAAUUUAAUUAUACAUCUCAUUUAAGCAUAAAUAUUAUAUAAUUUUUAUAUUUUUUUUCUUUUUUAUGGGAAACUUUGUUUUAUAUAGUCUUUCUUAUUUCAACACCACUACAUAAAUAUAUAUCUGAGCAAGGAAAACAAUUGCCACACCUUCUGAAACCCAAUCAAUAAAACAUUAAAAAAAUUUGAUACCUAUCAGAAAUAAAUUGUCAUAUUUUUUUCUUCCUCUUAAAACUUUAUGAUAAGAAAAGAAAUAUUCGAAGUAGAGAACUCAAAUUAAAACAUAUGAAAAUUUGAUAUGUAUCAAAUCAAAAUGAUAUUGGUUAAAUCGUACCAACUAAAUAAUCAAUAAAAAUUCAUAAUUUUGAAGCUACCAAUAAAGCCAUAUCAACAAAACCAGUUAGUUCAAAAUUUUAAUAUAAAGCAUAAUAAAGGUAGGUAAUUUAUGAAUCUCAAAUAAGAAUAAUGUUCAAGGAUCUUGCAUGUUUCCCUGGGCAUAAGUAAUGAACUUGCUCAUCAAGAGUAAAUGCUUGAUCAAAAUGCUCUAGAAAUUGUGUGUGUGAGUUGAGUGACUAAGAAUUAAUAAGAAAUCUGUCACUUGCCAAGUUGUGGACUUUUCAAUUCAUAACCCUCGGUGUGUAUAAAUUAAUUUGAAUAAAAUCCUCUAGCCUGAGCAACUCAGCCUUGCAAAAUUAUAGGUUGACUUACUAAGCUGGAAACAUGUUGAAUUCUUAUCCCUACCCAAGUUCAAGGAUGAUUUAGACUAUUCUCUCUAGAGAAGCUAAAGCCCCUAGACGUAAAAACUUGCAGGAAAGCAAUCUAGAGCUCCACAAGAAAGGCUGCCAAUGAUUUUAGAGUAAUCAUCAACCACAACACUCUUAGUUUAGCCCUCACUAAAGAGCUCGCUCACAUCUUUUUAUCGACAUGCACUCAACACAUACAAGGGAACUCACCUCUAAACAAAGGGGUCAAAAUAAGAGAUGCAACCAUUCACCAGGAUAGCUAGAGUAUGACACAUGUCCAAGGCAGUUCGUACUAAGGGUCAUUAAUUCUUGUAUUUUUACUCUUUUUUUAUAUUGUAUUUCUUGUAGCCCUUGGAUUUCUAUAAAGGGUAAAUAUAAACAUUCUAGAUCUUUUUGCAUUUUCCAAAGAGAUACUUGAGCUAGUAAAAUCUUUUUCAUAAUUUUUUACCUUCACUUUUCAUUCUCACAAAGGCUCUCAGAUGAUAUUCUCUUGAGCUUGGCUACUAGUGAGGUCACAUGUCACCCACAGAUAAACUUUAAUACAACAAGCUCAUAGUUAUGAUUGCAAGACCCAUGUGGAUGACAUGGAAUACAAUCUUCAGAUAUUCAUUCAUUAAAUAUCCUUAUCCUUGUAAAGUGGCAUUUUACUUGCAUGUAAAGAUAUAUGAUGUUCAUAAAUUUCCUCUAAUCACUAUUUAUAGGGAAUUAAUGAUGCCUUGAUGACAGAAAAUUAUAGAUCACACUAGUUAAUUUUUCAAGUAAUUAGUUCCUCAAAUCAAACUUGUUUGCAUGAUAUUGAUUUAAUGUACUAAAAAGUAUUUAUGAUUUUUUCAGAUGGAUUCUAUUUCAAAAAAGAAAAGAUCCUCCAAGAUCAAGAAAAAGGCUCAGUUCACUCUCACUGAGCUUGAGAUAGGUAAUCCAGUCCUUAUAUCUGGACCUGGCUUGAAAAAGUCUGGCCCAAGUUUUGAACAUCUUACAAGUAUUGAAGCAAUCUCUGGAAAUAUGAAUUUGAAGGAAGCAACUAACAGUAUAAUAGACAUUGCUACCAACUCUUCAAAGAACUUAUUUGAGGACCUCAUAAGUUCAUCAAACAGCUUAUUUUCAACAAAAACCCUGUGCCCUAGUCCCCAUCCAAGCAAUAAACCCAACAUAAAUUUAGAAAUAUUAUCUGGAAAAGGUUUGAGCAUCAAGAAAAAAUUGCAUAUUUUUACUAAAGAUGGUUCAAAUUUAGCAAAUCGUUCACGUUCAAGUAAUAGCCUGGUUUCUUGUUCAUGCUCUAAAUUUAAACCUGCUAAAACUUAUGAACCCAUAAAUGGAAAGGAAUCAGAUGCAAAGAAAAUAAUAGAUUCUGCUAACAGAGAUGAAGUAAAUUCAAUAAAAGAUUUGAGUUCAAGCUUAAGUUUGAACCCGAGCCCUUGCUCUAGUGUUAGUUCAAAGAUAUCAAGCUCUACAAUAACAACAAUAUCAUGUCUGAAACCAAUUGACAAAAGAACCAGUGAUGGUGGAAACAGUACUAGUCAACGCAGUUGUAGUAGCUCACAGAGAGACAAUUUGGAUGGUUACUCUUCCAUGACAUCUCAAGUCAAGCGACACACAGGUCAUGAUAGCCGUUGGGAGGCAAUCCAUCUUGCAAGUUCUAGAGAUCUACCACUUGGCCUUGGUAACUUCAAAUUACUCAAGCGCUUAGGUUAUGGUGACAUAGGCAGUGUUUAUCUUGUUCAUCUUAAAGAUACUGAUGCAUAUUUUGCAAUGAAAGUUAUGGACAGGGCUUCCAUUAUUAGUAGAAAUAAGAUGAUCCGAGCACAGACCGAAAGAGAGAUCCUUAGCCUUCUUGAUCAUCCCUUUCUGCCAACGCUUUACUCGCACUUUGAGACAGACAAAUUCUACUGCUUAGUGAUGGAGUAUUGCAGUGGAGGUAAUCUCCACUCUCUACGGCAAAAGCAGCCUUACAAAUGCUUCACCGAGCAAGCUGUAAGGUUUUAUGCUUCAGAAGUAUUGCUUGCACUGGAGUACCUGCAUAUGCUAGGAAUUGUAUACAGAGACUUGAAACCUGAGAAUGUUCUUGUUAGAGAGGAGGGGCACAUUAUGCUAUCAGACUUCGACCUCUCUUUCCAGUGCUCUGUAAAUCCAACACUAGUCAAGUCUUCAUCUUUACAUGGAGAAAGCUCUAGAGAUCUUGAAUGCUUGCUCGAUGCCGAUGGAUCCAUACAGGGCUGCAUGCAGCCAACAGUACUCUUUCCGCGUAUAAUCCCGAAAAGGAAUCGAAAGUCAAAAUCAGAUUUUGGCCCCGGUGCUGGGCUUCUUCCAGAAUUGUUAGCAGAACCAACAAAUGCUCGAUCGAUGUCUUUCGUCGGAACACACGAGUAUUUGGCGCCGGAGAUCAUCCGAGGAGAAGGCCAUGGUAGUGCAGUUGACUGGUGGACCUUCGGCAUCUUCAUCUACGAAAUGAUCUAUGGAACUACUCCCUUCAAAGGUUCGGGGAAUCGAGAUACUCUCCUGAAUGUUAUUGGACAGCCAUUGAGGUUUCCAGAGGAACCAGUUAUAAGCAGGAGUGCGCGAGAUCUCAUCCGAAGCCUUCUUGUUAAGGAUCCGCAGAGAAGGAUAGCUUGCCGUAGAGGUGCGACAGAAAUAAAGCAGCAUCAUUUUUUUGAUGGAGUAAACUGGGCAUUGGUGAGAAGCUUGCAGCCACCACAUGUUCCAGAAAUGGUGGACUUUGGGCAAUUUGCGAGCAAAGAUAUUACAGGUAGAAAGAAGAAGGCUACGGCUGAAAAUCCUCCUACCUCACAAGUUGAUUUUGAGUAUUUUUAGGUUGUGUAUUAUUAAUAGAAAGGUCUAUAUAUCGUCUGAUCUAUACAGAAAUUGAAAGAGAGCAUUCUUUGUUUUACGCUUAAAAUCCAAAUUGGUGAGAAUGGAAUGCAUGCUUGAUCUAUAAACCCCUUUAUUUGUUUCUCCAGUAUUCUAGCUUGUAUUUGGUAGUGAGACUUUUAUAUGUUUUUAAUGUACAAAUAAUUGUUAUUGCAUUACUAAAUUUUGCAUAAUAAAGACCUAUAUAAAAAAAAGUAGCCUCUUUUCAUGUGGAUUAAACGGAUGAUAGAAGAGACUGUAAUUCUCCGAAGGAUUUUAUGGAAUUCUGUUAAUGUUUCUCUGGCAGUAAUAUUUGAGGGGCAAAAUGUAAAACCCGAAAACGACGAUCGUAGGUCGUCGCAUGCUUUUCGAUGCGUCGCGACGAAACUUAAGUGAAAUUUUUGAAGUUAACGGAAUUUGAUGGAAAUAAUUUUAUAAAAUCCUACUUAAAAUUCUGAUCAAAUUGAUGUAUAGAACUUAUAAUUAAUUUAGAGUAUUUUAAGAGAUAAAAAUUUUGGAAAUCUCUAAAUGCCGAUUUUACCCCUAAGCGAAUAGAAGGCUAAAAUUUUUUAAGUGAGGGCAUAUGAGUUUUUAGCAAUUCCCAUCUCCCUAAUAUGAGCCAACUGAACCCCUCUUUCCCAUUUCAUGCACGGUUCGGCGGAAAACAAAAGGGGGCGGACGGUCGGGCGACAGGCUCCUCUCCGGCGACGAUUUUUCGGCGAAGAAAUUAGUGUGAAUCGAAGAGGACGACGAGGGAAACCUUAAGGUACAAUUGUUUCGAAACGAAUCUCUUUAGAUCUCAAGUAUGUUGCAAAAAAAAUUUCUAAGGUUUUUCCAAAUUCUCGUUUUCUUCCAAAUUUUUUUUAAGGAAUAUAUAGGGAAGGAUUAUGAGAUCUUUUUAACAGUAGAAAUGAAGGUUUGGAGGAAAUUUUAAAAAUCGGAAGGUUAGG